AUGGAGUUCAGCAUAAAGCGACGUAGUUCUUCUUCCUUGCUCUUCGGAUCACAGAAGUCCACCCAAGAGCAACCUACUCGAUUCUACCAUCUUGUUGACACCCCGGGUGAUUACCGGCCACGGUCGCCGUUGAUUGAGCGCCCUGAAAUUUCUACCGAGCUAGAAGGUCAGAUUCGACAUGCCUGCACGUUACUCAUUAAACAAGACCGGUCGUCGGGGGGCACCAGACCUCGCGCGGCGACAACCAACACGGUGAUGCAGGAGUCUUCGAUUACAGCUCGGGUGUAUUCCAAGUUUAUGUCGCCGAGAGUUGGAGCAGAUGUGGCUGUUUUGAAGAACAAAUUCGACUCCGGAGUUGCCUUGACUCAGCAGUCGAGUAUGCAGGGCAUGAGGAGCCUUCAUUCCCAGGCGAAUCACCAACCCAAAUCUGAGAGUCUCGGAUCCGGCCGAGCUACCUCGUCCCACUCUGUCAAUAAAGCCACACAGUCCAUGAGUGCUCCACCAAGUAGGCGAAGCAUGGCGCGGCACAUCAUGAGCUGGAGCAGGAGCCGAAGUCGAAGCCAAAGCCAAAGCCAAAGCCAAAGCCAAAGCCAAAGCCAAAGCCCCGACGAUCCUCUUGAAGAGGACGAUCACCACCCCGACAUUCUCACCGAAGACAACGUGGAGGUCUUCUUGGACCCCGACGCUGCAAUCAUGGCCAGCAUUGUCCCCAGCUUCCAUUCACCGCAAACACUCGUCAACAGCCCCCCCAGUCUCGACAUAUCCGAGAACUCUCCCACAAACCACCAUUCCGGAGCAUCUCCUGCAACCCCAACCGUCCAGCCCCCAGAAUACACCAAUCCGAUAGGCCUAGACAGUAUAGACGCCGACAAUAAGCAAGAGCCAGGAAUUAUUAUCGACAGCAGCGGCCUUGUACACAUUCUGUCACCCUCCGAAGAAACCCAACGGGACAUGAACAUCCAGAACGCCGUCAUGGCCAAAAUGCAAACCGGAACCAUUACCAACGUCAGCACCACGGCACUUCCAAUCUACCCGGACUCGCCGGAACAAAUCCCAAAUCUUCGCCCUGGAUCCAACGCGUCCAGAUUGAAAACCUCCUGGUCGGCGAUGAACAAAGCCACGAGUCUGAAACGGAAACCCCGUGGCACAGAGACAUCGUCCACGGAGCCAAGUGUUUUCCGUAAAUUGGUUAAUUUCUUUUCGAAACGCAGAGCUGUCAAUGUUGUUCAACCGGUGGGUACUUAUUGA